AAGGCAGCACGCGUGCCUUAUUUCCUUGUUCCUGCUCCUCUUAGCUCAGCGCCAAGAUGGCAGCUCCGCGAUGGAGAUGAGCAAAGCAACGACGCAUUUUCUGUCAUGAGACAGUAUUCGAGUAUGUCGCUCUUGUGGUCUUUGUCAUGACAUGACAGUAAUCUAAAAGCUGGCACAUCUCGUCAGAAGACUAUUGUAAGUUUUUCGAGAACAUGCUUUUCCGUUGGCGAAGCUAGCAAGCAGCGGGUUCGGCAAAUAAAUGAACUUGUCACGUCAGCUACACAAAAGGAAACACCAGCUUUGCAUAUGAUCUCGUUCAUCAUGGCCAUCACUCAGUUCCGUCUGUUUAAGAUCUGCACUUGCCUAGCCAGUUUGCUCUCUUUCUUUAAAAGAUUGAUAUGCAGGAGUGGAAGGGGACGAAAGCUCAGCGGGGAUCAAAUAACGCUCCCUACCACAGUGGAUUUCUCAUCAGUACCAAAACAGUGUGCACAGCCAGAAGUUGAAGAAUGGAGUUCAUGGGAUGAGGAAGCUCCAACAAGUAUUAAGAUUGAAGGUGGGAAUGGAAACGUCCACCCUCAACCCACUGAAAUUGAGGAACCCGACUACUUCAAAGACAUGGCACCAACCAUUCGGAAAACACAGAAGAUACUGCUAAAGAAAAGGGAGCCAUUGAACCUCUUGGUGCCUGAUGGCUCUGCAGGUUUCUCCAGCAGACUAGCAGCCUCUCAGGAUAUGAUGAGUUUCUGCCCACCUUCUGCGGAGCUUGGCGAAAUGGACAACUGGCAGGGGGACACUAAUGCUUGGGAGGAGGAGUCUGAUGCCACCUGGGAAGCUGAGGAAGUGCUCAGACAACAGAAGCUGGCUGAAAGAGAAAAGCGAUCCAUGGAGCAGCAGAGGAAGAAAAUGGAAAAAGAGGCACAGAGGAUGAUGAAGAAAGAGCAGAAGAUGGCUGUUAAGCUUUCAUAACAUUCUGCUUCGAGCCAGAGGAAUACAAGGGAAAUACACUGCAUCAGUUGUGCGUUUAUUUUUAAAAUCAUCAAACCAUCCAAACCUCUCAUGCUGCAGUGCAGCAUUGUCAGAAACCUGUCCUCCCCAUCAUGUUUCAAAAUCUUUUUGGCUUUUAUGUAUGAAUUAGGAUUUCUGGGUUUGCCCCCCCCCAAGUUAUUUUAGGUGUAUGUGCUAAUUAGCACCUGCCCUAUUCAAGUUGUCAAUAAACUGAACCUGGACUUUACAAAUUUUUCAUAUAAGGUGUCUAAUUGCUUUAAUUUCUAACUACAAAGGACAGUGGGUAACAUUUUUUAAGGAUCUGUUUAUUGCUCAUCUUUUUGUUUAAUUGUUUGAAAGCUUUUCCCACCAAUGAUUGCUUGCACUGUACCUCUGCAAAAUUAAUGGUCAAAGUUAAAUAGCAUAAAUAGUCUGUAAAAAUAAGCCGUGGGUUCCUAUGGUAACAACAAGGCUACUAACGUGAACCUCAGACCGUGAUUAAAAAAUAUACUAUUACUCAUCAAAUGUUUAUGAAUUGGUCUGGCAGAAGUGUGAAUAAGUGCCAUCAAUUAUGAGGUAUGAAUCUUUCACUAGCUACAUAAAUCAGUUGUGUUGCUUUCCUCUGUUUUAGAUUUUCACUGGCAGCCUUUUUUGAAGUGAAAUGUGCAUUUCUUUGUGGUCUGUUGAUUUUUGAAAGUGAUGGAUGUAAAGUCAAUGAGUUCAAGUUAAAGAAAGAGAGAAAUGUGCCGUCAACUGAGCUCCCUUUGAGAAUCUAGAUUCUUCAGCAAUAAGAUCUCCCUAAUUCACCAAAAGCUUGCACGGUACAUUGGUGUGUCUAUUAAAAAUGAUAUUUGUUAUUUCUGA